AUGGGUCAAGAGCAGAGUCAAAUCAAAGUAUCUGAAAGUCAAACAGUAGCUGGUCAAACUUCGAAACCUCAAUCUACACCAACACCAGCACCAUCAAAAAUUGAGUCACCACAACAACAAAAACCCCCAAGUCCAAUUGCUCCGUCGAAAGUUCCAGAACAACCUCAAUCAACAUGGUGGAAUAGUUUUAGUAGCUGGGGAACUGUCACAUCUUCGAGUUCUUCGUCAAAUAUCAAAACUGCUGAAACAAAAAAGGUGAGGAUUACUGUAGAUCAAGCUUGUGCGGGAAACAAUUUUUGGAAAAUUUCGAGAGGAAAAAAUUCACAAGGGAACCUUUUUUACUCAACACUUCAAACCUUGAUGAAAUUUUGUCCAGAGACAGCUUUUGGGGUCAUAAGAACACCCUAAAAAUUUAAGUUACCCAAUGGACCCAUGAGCCAAGUUCUGGGCUCUCAAAAACUCAAAAAAGGCCAAAAAAUGGUCACAAAAGUCAUCAUAGCUCCAUUUCAAAAAUUUUUUUGGGAGAAAUAAAGUUUCAGAUAUUGAUCAGCAUAGUCGAUUACCUAAAAGUACAUCAAUAAAAAACAUUUUUUCGAAAAAUUUUGAAGUUUUUUUAUUUUUGGGCUGAAAAUUCAUGAAAAUUCAUAUGUGCCCCUGCUCAUUCUUUUUUUCAAAAUCAAAAUUUUUUCUGAAAAUUUGAUUUAUUGAUGGUUUUUGGGUAAAUCGACCACGCUGAUCAUCAUCUGCUACUCAGUUUUUCAUAAAAUUGAUCGAGAAUUGAGUUAUGACGUGUUUUAUGAGCCAAUUUUGGCAAUUUUUGAACUUUUGAGAGCCCAGAACUUGGCUCAGAGGUCCAUUGGGUAACUAAAAUUUUUAGGGUGUUCUUAUGACCCUAAAAGCUGUCUCUGGACAAAAUUUCAUCAUGAUUUGAAGUGUUGAGUAAAAAAGGUUCCCUUGUCAGAUUUUAUUUAACAGAAACUUCCUCUCGUUUCUGCUCAUACAGUCAAAUUUUUGUUUUUCAGAAAUCAGACGAUGUUUACGAGAGAAUUCCAACGUAUGUCGAAAGAUUGCCUCCGCCACCCCCGCAGUCAUUAAAUCGUAAAUAA